UUCCUUUUAGCCGCUUACAUUAAUGGUAAAGCCUCUUUUUGUGCAACGAAUUUCUUAUUGGCUGGUUUUCGACACGUGGGUGUGCAACCCUCGUUUUGCAUACCACAGCGUUACUGCUUCAAUAAGAAUGGCAGGUACAGUGCAUUCUGUAUGGAAAUGUUUAGAAGACUUCUCCGAGGAAUCCAGGGAACUUCAAGGUACUGAUUUCAUCCCUUACCUCGAAAAGCCACCAAUGCCCUUGCAGUUUUAUCGAGAAUGGCUGUGUCCUAACAGACCUUGUAUUAUACGCAACGCUAUAUCUCACUGGCCUGCCCUGCUUAAAUGGACAACAGAUUAUUUACGGUCAUGUAUUGGAUCCAAGGUUGUAAGUGUGGCAGUCACUCCAAAUGGUUAUGCAGAUGCUGUACACAACAAUCGGUUUGUCAUGCCAGAGGAAAGGGCAAUGAAGUUAUCUGAUGUUCUGGAUAUUCUGGAGCUGAAAACAAAAGCCUCAGGUGUAUUUUACAUCCAAAAGCAAUGCUCAAAUCUUACAGAAGAAUUUCCUGAACUGAUGGGGGAUGUGGAGAGCCAUAUACCAUGGAUGAGUGAAGCACUAGGAAAGCUUCCCGACGCUGUUAACUUCUGGUUGGGUGAGGAAGCUGCAGUGACUUCCAUGCAUAAAGAUCAUUAUGAGAAUUUAUACUGUGUGAUAUCAGGAGAGAAGCAUUUUAUCCUACAUCCUCCAAGUGAUCGUCCAUUUAUUCCUUAUGAAAUGUACCAGCCUGCUAAAUAUCGUGUACAUGACGAUGGUUCAUUCCAAGUGGUGGAUGAAGAGGGAGCAGAAAAGAUUCCUUGGAUUCCUCUAGACCCAUUAUCUCCAGACUUGAAUCUGUAUCCAGAAUACAGGAAGACUAGACCAUUUCACUGCACAGUGAGAGCAGGAGAAAUGCUUUAUCUUCCCUCCUUAUGGUUUCACCAUGUUCGUCAAUCUCAUGGCUGCAUUGCAGUAAAUUAUUGGUACGACAUGGAAUAUGAUAUGCGAUACCACUACUUUCAGCUUAUUGACUCUCUUACCAAAGCCAUGGUAAACCAGAAAUAAUUCAAAACUCAGUAUGGCCUGGAAUAAGCAGAACCUUCUGGAAGAGAUGGCUCCAAAUGAUUAUCUUAUAGUGAAACUGAGAUAAUUAUCAUCAGAUUUAAAGACAUUAUGAAGCCCGGGACUCUUCAACACAGCUAAUUUAAAAGACUUUAUUUUAUAGCAACAAACUUAAAUUAAGUUGAAUGAGUUGAAUAAUGAAUUAAAAUGGUACUUCUAAUGAGUACAAUUUGGGUGCAGUAUUUCUAAGAGAUCCUAACUUGUUGAAAAAUAAUGUUUAGCUAAAAUAUGUUUCCCCCCUUAUCUGAUGUAUUAUGAUGUAUCAUACCACAUGUACAAUAAAGUAACAGUUACUCAACACAAGAUAAUUUAGGUAAAUAGUUCCUUAUUUUGUUGUAUUGUUCUUACUGUAAAAAAUCCUCUGCAGUAAGUAAAAUCUUUUCUUAAGUGUCAAUAGAUGAUCUAUGUCUUUUUAGCAAACAUGUAAAUGACCAAGAGCUAUUUGUUUUGGUUCUGUGUAUAUUUGUUUAAUGUGACUAUAAAACUUCCAAAAUGCCUUCCUACUAAUAUGAACAGAGGUUAGAAAUAUUGCAUUUGAUUUUAACUAAACUCUCCCUUUCUUCUUGUUGAUUUUUGUAUCCCAAUUUUCUCAAUUGCUUUAAUGUCCUUUAAAACUAUAGCCUCACAUUGCCCCAUAUUUUUAAACUGGGGUCUUGCAAUGAUUCUUCCCCCCUGCAUUACUAUGGACUUAAGUGUAUUAACCAUUCACAUAUGCAAUUAAACACAGAUCUCACCUAAAGUCCAGGUUAUUGCUGUAUUUCAGAAAUAGCUCCAUGCAGCUGAUCACUCGAGCAAAAAGGCUUAGGUGUUGCUUGCCCUAUGUUAUAUGGCAGCACUCCCAUACAUGCAGUGUAUGCUCUCCAUACACUGUGAUCACUACAUGCCUGUGCCACCCUGCUGCUCAGUCUUAUAAAAGAGGCAUUGUAACAAUUGCCAGGGUCAGUUAUCAACAUGAGAAACGAUUAC